UCAGCUUCAACUACCCUUCUCUUCGAUCAACAUGUCCUCCUCCUCCCUUCUUCAAAUCCUCCCUUGUAACCUCGUCUUCUCCUCUGUCUUGUCUUGUCUUGUCUUGUCUUCUCUCCCUCCAAAUUUUCAUGCCAUUGUCUCAAUCUCAGCAUUUUCACCAGAAACAGAGCCAUUUCCAAGUACUGGGUUACCAUUCAUUCAGUGGCAAUGCAGAGAUUUUUAGGGUCCUCCGGAUGCUAAGAUAAGUACCCGAAAACAGCUGCUGAGAGUUCCCAGGGGAGGUCUCCUCGCGAAUGUGCCUCGGAGGGUGUCCGUGAAGCUGGUCACAGGGGACGGUUUUAAUAAAAGUUCGAGAGCCUGAACUCUUUCGAGGAGAAAGAGUUCAAACUUCCUGCAGAGGCGAGGCGAGGGAAAGGUGAAAAGAGAAAGGGUAGCAUGUGUUCAUUAUUUGAUGGACUGAUCCACCAGAAUCUUCAACUCGAUAUCCGUCGGUCAAAUUUAAUGACCACCUCCGAGGAUCUGUCUGAAUGGUGUGAGGCAUUCACUUUCAUUGCUCGGUUGAUCGCUUACCUCACAGUUUUAGCAUUGCUCAUUUUCGUCAUAGUAACGAUCCUGAAGUACCUCGCUGAAUCAGAUGAUGAUCAGGCCACCACGGAACACUUUGAGUUACCACCGCCACCCACAACUGAAACUACCCCGCUAUGCUGCUCAAAGUGGGUCCCGGCCACAUACAGGACAUGUGGAGAAGGAGAAGACGACGAUAUAGAAACGGGGAGCUGCAGCAGCUCCUCCUCGGAGGAAUUGUAUGAUGGGAAGAUCUGUGUGAUCUGUUACGAUGAGGAGCGGAACUGUUUCUUCGUUCCAUGUGGCCACUGCGCCACAUGCUACAGCUGCGGUGAGAGGAUUUUUGAGGGGGACAGCAGGACAUGUCCCGUAUGCAGGAGGCCAAUUCGAAAAGUAAGAAAAUGGUUCACCUCGUAGUACGAAGUUGGUCACUAUACUCACGUUUUCUUUUCCUUGUCGGAUAGGGGAAAUUAUUUUUCGAUGUAGAGUGUGUGGUUCACGAAGUAAACCUAUGUUCGACUUCGGACAUUAUCAUCCGGGAAUUGUUAAAACUAGGGGCCACGAAGUUUUCGUAGGAUAACCGUAGAGGACAGGAUCAAAUGGUUAAUGGUAGCUCACAACCUCUUUGAUAGGAAGGCCCAUCAGGAAUUCCCAGCCCAUUUCACGUUUGUGGAAGGUUUUGUCUUGGUGAGCCUGCAUAUAUUAGCAAGGCCUCGAAUCCAUUGUGUUUUCUCUCCAACCUCAAAGGAAAUAAAUGUUACUUUUUUUUUUC